AUGCUCACACCUCGAACGGACGUGGUGGCGGACGCGGCGGGCGUGGCGGACGUGGCGGACGUGGCGGGCGUGGCGGACGUGGCGGACGUGGCGGACGUGGCGGACGCGGCGGGCGUGGCCGUGGUGGCGGCGGAAGCCAAGGCGGGCAGAGGUGACGAAGAAGGCCAGCCGAAACGGCGCGGUGGGCUGACGCUGGCAGAGAUCGAGACCGACGAGCUGACGGUGCUGGCCAAGAGCCAGUGGCGGGCGGAUGAGCCGCCGGCGUUUGACCUCGCCCUCGUCGACCGCAUCUACGCCGAGCAGCUGCUGAGCCGGGCAGGGACCAACGGCGGUGUGUCGGCCGAGUGGAAGAGCAGGGCCAAGGUGCUGGAGCUGUCUCAGUACCUCGAAGAGUAUCUUUGGCCAGGAUACAGCCCCGGCGAGACCGAGAGCCGCGGCAUGCUGUUCUCAAUGAUUGUCAUGGUCAACCUCAAGGCCUCGCUCGGCCUUCCGGCCUUUGCCGUCUUUGCCUCGCGCGAGCCGGCGAUCUUCAAGGCUUUCUUCAGUGCCGUGCUCGACGUGGCCGACCGGCUGGCGCAGCUCGCGCCGGCCGAAGUUGUGUGGUACCUGCAGUUCUUUGUCAACGUCACGGCUUCGCUGGAGAACGACCUCAUUUCCGCCGAGUUUCUUCCUCUCGUCUCGCUCCCGCUGUGGAGCCGCGUGCAAGCGCCGGCGCGGGCGCGGGCGCUUGACAAUCUCUUUGACGCCCUCCCGCACCUUGCCAAGGUCUGGGCCAAGAUCAACAAGACGCUCGGGCCCAAGGGCAAGCCAGCCAAGCGCGCCGCGCUCGCUCGCGCCGCCAACUGGCUCCCGGACAUUGUGCAGGGCGUGCUGGGCAUGCUGACCGCAGUCGGCGCCACCGACUCGGUCGCUGUCCAGGCCCUGGUCGAAAACUUUGUCGUCCUCCUCAUCGAGCUGGUUGGCCAGCUUCCGACGAGGCGGUUCUUCAACACCUACGUCCGCUCCUCUUUCCUCCCGGUCCGUCUUCGGGCGCUCCCGGUUGUCACAGCUCUCCCGCAGCUGGCCUCGCUCCUCGACCUGCUCGACUUUUACGUUGGCUUUGAGCUCGACGACUACACUGGUGCCGCCCUGACGCCGUUGCAGGCCGAGGCGCGCGCGUCGGACCGCAUCGCAGCCGCGCAGUCGGCCGCCGCACUCUCAUCGGCCCCGCACAUCCACAAGCUUGCGCUUGUCAAUCACGCCACCUUUGCCAAGCAAGCUGCGCUCCGCGACGCGCUCCUUCCGCUCACCGACGACCAGAUUGCCGACGUUCUCCUCACCUUUCGCAUUGUCGACGAGCCGCUCCUUGCCGAGAUGCACGCUGGUGUCACUGACGCCGACGCCGACGCCUGGCGGGAGCUUCUGCUGGCGCUCAUGGUGUUUGAGUACGGCGCUCGUGACUCGCAGCUCGAGGCCAUCAACAAGCUCCCACUCAUGCCUACUCAGGACGACUUGUACAACCCAGUGUACGACAUUGGGUUUGGCGGAAGCGCCCGCAAGAGUAAGGGCAAGAGGAACCGCGGUGUGCCGAGCACCCGCCCCGGCGGCUCCAGCUCAGAGACCGACAAGCUGACUUGGACGCCGUGCUCGGUGGCGCUGCCCAAGCUCAACUUGCAGUUCCUUUCGAUCUACGACUACUUGCUCCGUAACUUUCAUCUGUUCCGGCUCGAGGCCAACUCGGAGAUCCGCGAUGAUCUGGAGGACACACUGCGGCUGGCCAAGCCGCGGCGGGCGCCUGACGGCACAACAGCCUUCACCGGGUGGGCCAAGAUGGGCCUCCCGCUGAGCGCGCCGCUUCGGCUCCGGCGCAUCUUCCCGCCCAAGCUCGGUUCGCAUGCACCGCGCAAAGUGAGCGUGACGCUAAGCGUCUCGCUCCACGGCCUGCGCCCGGACGUGGUCGAGGAGUGGGAUGGCCUCCGGCGGCGCGAGGUUGUCUUCCUCGUCGCCUGCGAGCCGGCGGCGGACCAGUUUCACAACCCGGCAGCUCCAGGGCCGGACCCGGCACGCGCGCCCAUUCGCGAGGUCUGUGGCGUCAACCUCAUCCGCGGCGGUGAGGUGCUCAACAUCACCGACGAGGCUGAGGAGCCGCUCCCGCAGUUUGACCCGCACCGUUGGGAUGCCGGCCGCGAGGGAAGGGUCCCGUCCGGUGGCGUUCGCAACAUCGUCCUCGCAGUCGACGCCGCGCAGUACUACCUCGACGUGGCGCGACUCGGUUCGGACGACGCUGUCGCCGCAGAGUACGCGCGCCUCAAUUUUCUGAUGCGGCGCCACCCCAAGGAGAACAACUUUCGGGCCGUCCUCCACACCAUGCGCGCGCUGAUGAACGCAGCGUCAUCGGUUCCUGCCUGGCUUCACGAGAUCUUUCUCGGCUUUGGCUCGCCGGCCUCGGCCCACUACGCCAAUCUCCUCGCCACCCCGUGGGCCGAGCAGGCAACCGCCGGCGGACACGCAAGUGGCUGGCUCGACUUUGUUGACACCUUUCUCGACGCCGAGCAUGCAACGAGCGUGCUGGAGGCGCUUGGCAUGCAGGUGACAUGGGCGGGCGAGCGAGGCCCGCCGCCGUACAUGGUGCAGUUUGGCGCAGGCGAGGCCGCCAACUCCGCCGCCAUCCGCACCCGCCCGCGCCCGAUCCUCUCGCCGUGGCCGCAAGAGCGAGUGUGGAAGGCCAACACCGUGCGGUUCACCCCGCGCCAGGUCGAGGGCAUCCGCGGCGGCCUCUCGCCAGGCCUCAACGUUGUGGUUGGCCCGCCCGGAACCGGAAAGACCGACGUGGCCGUCCAGAUUGUCAACACGCUGUACCACAACUACCCGGGCCAGCGGACGCUCCUCAUCACCCACUCGAACCAGGCACUCAACCAGCUGUUUGCCAAGAUUGUCCAGCUCGACAUCGACGAGAAGCACUGCGUCCGCCUUGGGCACGGGACCCAAGACCUCGGCCUCGCUGCCGACUUUUCCAAGUACGGGCGGGUGGACUACAUGCUCGAGCGGCGGCUGUAUCUCCUGGAGCGGGUGGCAAUGCUGGCACGCGCCGGCGGGGCUGACGCCAACGGUGCUGACGAGGCCGCGUACUCGGUCGACGCCGCGUCGCGGUUCUACCUUCUCAAGGUCGCUCCAGCGGUUGCUAAGUUCCGCGAGGCCGUGGCGGCUGCCGAGUCGGCCGGCGAGGUCUUUGAUGCCAUGCCGUUCAAGCCGUUCUUUGACGGUGUCGACCUUGCCAGCAGCUUUGCCGACGCCACGCCUGUGACAACAGCCGAAGCCGCCCUGGCGCAAGUCGACGUCUGUCUGGGCCACAUCGACGACUUGUUCGUCGAACUCGAGGAGACGCGGCCGUUUGAGUUGCUGCGGUCGAACCGUGACCGCGGAAACCACCUCGUCAUGGCGCAGGCCCGCAUUAUCGCCAUGACCUGUACCCAUGCCGCUCUCAAGUGGCCAGAGCUCGUGGAAGAGCUGCGGUUCAAGUUUGACAACGUGGUCAUGGAAGAGGCCGGCCAGAUCCUCGAGAUCGAGACCUUUAUCCCACUCAUGCUGCAGAGCUCAGACGUGGUCGACGGCCACCGGCUGAAGCGGGUGACCCUCAUCGGUGACCAUCACCAGCUGCCGCCGGUGGUGAAGAACCCGCUGCUGGCCUCGGCCGGCAACCUCGACCAGUCGAUGUUUGCCCGGCUGAUUCGGCUCGGCGUUCCGGCUGUCGUCCUCAACGCACAGGGCCGGAUGCGGCCCGAGCUGCGAUCCCUCUUCUCGUGGCGGUACCCAGAGCUCGGCGACCUGCCGCACGUCGAGGCAGCCAACUCGCGGUUUGCGGCGCCUAACCCAGGCUUUGCCCACACUUUCCAGCUCGUCAACGUCGACGACUACCAGGGUGAGGGCGAGAGGACCCCGUCGCCGCACUACUACCAGAAUCUCGGCGAGGCCGAGUACGCCGCCGCUGUGUUUAUGUUCAUGCGCGCGUGCGGAUACCGCGGCGACCAGAUCGCCGUCCUCACCACGUACAACGGGCAGCGUGCGCUGCUCGAAGACGUCUUCCGGGCCCGUUGCGGCGACAACCCGCUGUACGGCAUGCCGGCCGCCAUCUCGACCGUUGAUAAGUUCCAGGGUCAGCAGGCCGACUUUGUGCUGCUCUCGCUGGUGAGGACCCGCGCCAUUGGCCACGUCCGCGAUGUCCGCCGUCUGGUCGUUGCCCUCUCGCGUGCCCGCCUCGGCCUCUACGUCUUUUGCCGCGCCGCGCUCUUUUCCGACUGCUAUGAGCUUGCGCCGGCGUUUACUCAGCUUCUCGCUGCCGCGCCCGACGCCAAGCUCGCCAUCAAGCCGGCUGCGCUGCGCCUUGCCGCGGCCGGCGAGACCGCCACCAAGCCGAGCGACGACGUCGAGAUCGUCGACGACGUCGCCGCCAUGGGUGCCCUUGUCUACGAUGUGACCAUGAAGAUGCUGGCUGCCGAGCGCGCCCGCCCGCCGCCACCACCGGCGUCAACCCAAUGA